AUGGCGGACCUUUUCGGUGUGGCGCCGCAGGACGAACCCGAUAUCUUUGUGCAGCGAUUCAAGGACGAAUGGCCGACGCGCAUGCAACGCCACGCCGACUGGUGGGCACUCGCUACUGCGCUGUGGGCCAUCGCGUGGAAGGAAUGGGCAAUGAUCACACUGGUGAGUCUGGUCGCGGUGCUCACCAAUCUCGCGAUUCCGGUCACCUUCUCUUGGCUCAUUCUCUUCAUCGGCGAUGAGAAGGCAAGCUGGUCUGAAGGCCUCCUCUACAUCGGACUCAUCGCCUUGACAUCGAUCGCACAUUUCCUCUCGACCGAGUUUGCCUACUUUCUGGCGCAGCGUGCGCACAUUCACAUAGAGUCCAUGCUGGCGCUGAUGGUCUACCGGAAGAGCCUGCGCCUGCAGCACGUGUCCAAGGGAAACGCAGCCAACGUCAUGAACGUCGACCCCUCCCGGUUUCUCAUCUUCCAGUACGUGUGGCCUACACAAAGCACAUCAUGUGGCGUGACGCCCUUAUGGCUUCUAAACGCUGCCAGCGAUCCGUAUCUGCAGAGCAUUCAAUUCCUAUGA